AAACAUUCAAAAAUGUGUAUUAUUUAUGCUCCUAACUUGAAACCCGAAUCACCAAUUCUUAUCGAAUUGGAUAAAGGAAAAGACCUUGUCAUUUAAAAAAAAAGAGACAUUUGUUUGAACCAUUUAAAUGUUUCUUUGUGUUAACAAUAAGAUAUGUGUUUGAUUUAAACAAGGAAUAAGAAUUAAUUUUGAGUUUCUGCCAACUAACUGCAUACAGAAUUCACAUCACAAAUUUAGUUAGCGUUCAUUUAUUGUGAAAUGUCAGAAUUGUGUUUUGCGCUUUUGAUGGUGGUAUUGUGUAAUAAUGGUUCUUCCAGUGAAUCUUUAGAAGAACAACUUGGCAUAUUGUUCAAUAGAUCGGAUUUACUCUGUCCUGAAGAAUGCGAAGCUCAGGAUUACCUGAACAAAAUGAGAUUUGAAAACAGUUUGGAAUGCUGUACAUGUAAGGCUCAACCAUUAUGGACAGUUGACGGAAGUUUGAAUGGGAAACUUAAUUUUACUAAUGUUGGACAUUUAAAUGUCUUUUUUGUUAAACACGAUAUUGAAUUGAAAACUAUAGACCAUGAUGUUCAUUUUAAUUACUUAAUUUACACGUACGGAAAUCUAACUGCAAUUCCGCUCUCAGUUUGUAAUUUUAAUACAACUGUUUACAUCGACUUGUCAUUCAACCAAAUUACAGAUAUCAGAAAUAUAUCAUGCUUGUCUAUACUAGAUACAUUACUAUUGGCAGGAAACAAAAUACAAUCUUUGAUUGCGGACAUAUUCAAUGGAAUGAAACAUCUCCGUAGAGUUGAUGUAUCCUUCAACCAAAUCACCAAAUUGGAGCCGAAGUUUUUCUUACAUAUGGCGGAUACCCAGUUUGAAAGAGCAAAGAAUUACACAUUCCGAAUAAAAGAAAUCAAUCUUGAAGAAAAUAAUUUCGAUAGUAUUUCUGAAUUUUUUGUGUCACAGCUGAAAAGUACCACGAUCAUCAAUAUAAAACACAAUCCGUUAACAAGUAUUGAUAGGUCCAUAGGAAACUUCAGGCCUUGCAAUGUACAGUUAGGAAGACUAGAUAUUGUUUGUACAUGUAAAGAUCUGUGGUUGCAGAGUUGGCUACCGUCAUCAACAAUGCCUUGCUAUAAUAACACAUGGAUAUUCUGUCGGACCGAAACCGGUUACAAAUCUAUAACUCAAAUCACGAAAAGCGAGCUAGGAUGUACAGAAGAUUAUCAUCUGAAAUGGUUCAACUUAUGUAUUGGAAUCAUAGUUAGCCUUGUCGUAAUUUUUGCCUUUGCGGGCUAUAAUUUUUAUGUUGAAAUUUAUAUUCUAUGGCGACGCUUUUUGAGAAAAAUUAGCAGGCCUGUUUCUAGAAACUCUUUUCAAUAUGAUAUUUACAUAUCUUGCAAUGAAGACGACGAUGGACUUCGAAAUUGGAUAUCGUAUGAGCUUUUACCGCAUCUUAACGAUAGGGGACUUAAAUCUUUUCUACCGUAUCGAGAUUGCCAGCCUGGUAGACCACGUGAAGAAGAAGUAAUUGAUAUCCUAUCGAAAUCUAAAAUUAUUCUCGUUCUUCUAAGCGACCUACAUCAUUUAUCACGUGAAAGCACAAAAGCUUGGAUUUCUUGUGAGUGGAAAUAUGCCUGGGUGAAUUAUCGAGAAGAUUUUUUGAAAAAUGUUAUUAUUAUAAAUUAUGAUUUUCUAAAUAAUCAUGAUGUUUCUUAUAGGUAUAUUAAAGCUUUUAUGAGAGCUAGUAUUUGCAUUGAUUUUUCUAAUUAUAAAAAGGAUAUGUGGUCUACAUUAAAUUCUUUGCUAGGACUUUCUUCUCCGAGUUAUGGAAUUAGAUAUCAUCGGUUUCAAAAUAGUCUUGAUUCAUUUACAAACUUGGUGUAGGUAUCAAAUUUUUUACAAAUAUUGAAUUUCUGAUUAUUACAAAAAUGUUCUUUUCAAAGUUGUUUUACUUGGAAUAGAUAUUCAUUUUCUACUAUGAAGAUCGUUAUAAUUGAUUAUUAGUAUUUAUGCAAAAAAAUAUAAUUUACGAACAAAUCAGAUUACAAUCGACCUUUGAGUUUGAACAAAGAAGAGUAAUUAAAUGUUUGUGUGUAAUUGUACAAGGUUGAAACUACCCCUUUCCAUUUUAAAUUUCAAAUCUAUAAACAGUCAAACCAUGCAAAAUAAUUUUCUGGUGAUAUCUUAAAAAUUCGACGUUUCAAGACUCACAGGUUCCAAGUGCUGAUCUACAAGGCAAACCAUCAUGUAGUAUAUUAUCGGUAAGGUUGGCUGAUUAAAUAAUACGGGUUGGGUAAAAAGUUUUCUUUUAGUUUAAUUUUAUUUGUCUAUUGUUAUUGUUAUGUCUAUUUUUUACAUCAACAACAUCUUUAAUUUUUUAAACACCUGGAUUACAGAAAGAAUAAGCAGACCAAGGCAGCUGACAGAUGGGUCCCAGUUUGUGUUACAUAUCCCAUUUGCUAGGGAAAUUAAAAAUGCUAACAAAUUACUCCCGUCAUUUAACAUUUUACGUAAAAACCGGUUUCUAUUCCCAAUUAACAUUCUACACAUCAUGAAGCUUGUGUUUUCUUACAAUUUUACCCUUUGACAUGAAAAUCUUUAAUAUUUGUAUCAUGGUCAUUUUUUGUCUUCUUUCAUAUUAAUAUAAUAAAGUUCAAAUUGUAUCUCGUUUAAGCAAAAACACCAAAGUAUAAAUUAUUUUAUUUUAUUAGUCUCCAGGUUAGAUGGUUGUUAAAAAUUGACCUCGACACGACACGUGCUUCAAUCACUUUAGAAUUUUCUUUGACGGAUUUAUUGUAAUAUAUAUGUAUGUGUGUGUGUGUGUACACCAAUGACGAAACACCAUUAAUGGUGGGUAAAAUAUUAUUACUCCAACUAAUAUAUGUAAUAUUAAUAUGAAUAGGGAAUGAAAAUUGAUUGUAAAGGAAUAUGUAAAUAGUACACUAAUUCAAUGAACUACUUUUUGUGUUAAAGAUAACAAUGAUACAAAUGUACGCAUAAUUUCAUUUAAAUCAGGCCUAAAAAUGAACAAAUGCAACAAGUUUUAAUAAAAUUUCAACUUUUGAGACAAACGGUCAAGGUUGAGAAUACCAAAACAAUGCUUUUUAUUUCAUUUACUGGUAAAAUGAUUCAAAGCAUUCUUACAAAUACAUAGAGGUUUCAUUAUUUACUUUUAUGUUAAAUUAAACGUUAUUGCGACCUUUUCAAAUACUAAAUAUUCCUAAAACACUAUGACAUUCCCAAUAUUUAUUUUCGUUUAAUCAAGGCAUCGAUCAUAUCAUAUUUUGGACAUCAGAGUUCAGCGUUACAUCUAUGCACAGAGAGGGAGCAGCUUUCUUCAACUAUGUCUUGAAUUUUAUAACAAUGUUUACAACGAUACUCUUGAGUUUUAAAAAAAUUCCUAAAAAAGUUAAAAAGGCCAUCGGAAUUUUGCAUUUGGUACAAUUAUAACUCGGUAUAAAUUAUAUAAUGUAGUGUUUUUUAUACGAAUUGUUAAAUAUUGUUAGAUACAAACAGCUUGUCAAGUUUCUUUCAAUUGAUCGUCAGUCUAGCUCCGUUUUCAAUGUUCUAUUCCAUUUAAUUUCACAUUUUGGUCUGACAUAUUUGUUCCGUUUUUGUUUGUAAUGAUUCUAAAUGAACAACAUUUCAUUAGGACAAAGGUUUCCGUCCUUACCAUAUGUUGGGGUUUAAUUUGAAUUUGUAUGUGCUUCAAAUGUUUUGAAUUUCACACCAUGAACUUAUCGCUUUUUAUUACAUUUUGAUAUAUAAUUGAUGUCAUUGAUAUUAGUUGUUGUGAAAUUUUGAAUGCAGAGACGGCAAAUAAGAUAAGAUACUGUUAUCUUAACACCAUUGUAAUAUCAAAUGUUAUCUUUGAUUGUACUAAACUGACUGUAAUUUAUGAUUUGUAUUUUUGUUUUUGUAUUUUGUUUAUUGAUGGUUGUGGUAUUAAUUCACAGUUUAUGUAAAUUAUUUCAUUUAUUUUGUGUUGGAUAAUUACAUAUUUGCUCUCGUGUUUUUUUAUGGUAUUAUGAUAAAUAACUUUUUUCAAAAAUCUUGAAUGAUAUAUAUUUUCCAAAUGUUGUCGAGUCCUCCAUGUUUCAAUUUCGCUGUAACGAUAAAGUUUCAGCUGGGUAUGAUCUGUAAAUAGAUA